CGCUCGGGUUUACGCUUUCUUGGGAAGGUCGACGUCUUGGAAGACCAUGUGGACUUGACAAGCUUCGGACUGUCGCGAGGAGCGGCCUGUUCCUGGUGGUGAUAUGCUUGCUUCUCCAGAAGCCUCGCAGGCUGGAAGGAGUACAAGAAUGCCUGAAUUUCCUCCUUGAAAUGGCAUCGAUUCGCAGCUGAUCUCUUCGAUUCCCUCACUUCAGACUCGUCCAGUCGUCAUCAUGCAGCUCAGGACCCUCCUCUUCUCCCUGCUCGCCUCUUCGGCGACCGCCCAGCGUAGCUGCGGUACCCCCAACGCUACCGAGGAGCAGAUCCAGAUCGCUCAGAACCUCCAGAUUCUCGAGUCUGAGGCCAAAUUCGGCGAGUCGAGUCUCGCUGCUGCCGCCACCAUCAGCAUCAAUGUCUACUGGCACGUCACUGCAACUGGCAACUCUGUUGCCGGCGGGUAUCUUACCCAGGCGACUCUCGACAAGCAGCUCGCUGUCCUAAACACCGCGUUCGCCCCUCACGGCAUCUCGUUCACCCAGGCCGGCGUCGACUGGACCAUCAAUACCAACUACGCCAACGACAAUGCCGAGCUUGCCAUGAAGAAGGCGCUGCGCAAGGGCACCUACGCCGACCUGAACGUGUACUUCACCCCCGGCACACAGUACCUCGGAUACGCGUACUUCCCCCAGGCUGUGACAAGCGGCUCGAACGCCUACUACCUCGACGGCGUGGUGAUUCGCUCCUCAACUGUGCCCGGUGGUAGCGAGACAAACUACAACCUUGGCCACACGGCCACCCACGAGAUCGGCCACUGGCUCGGUUUGUACCACACUUUCCAGGGCGGCUGCACGGGCUCUGGCGAUUACGUCUCUGACACCCCUGCUGAGGCCUCAGCCGCCUACGGAUGCCAGCUCACACGCGACACCUGCCCCACCAUAGCUGGACUUGACCCUGUUACCAAUUACAUGGACUACUCCGACGAGUAAGUGAUCCCUCUUUUGACGCACUCUUGACGACC